GCGCGAGGCUGGCGGCGAGGCGGGGUGCCCGGGGGUGGGUGGCUGGGUGGGAGGCCUCCAGAUACUCGGGGCUGGGGGACGCAUCCCGGCCCCGGGUGGGUGGCACCGGGGGCGGGGCAGGCAUCCGGAGAGCGGCCAGGUGAGAGUCCGCCCUGGACCGCUCGGCCAGCCGCCCGCGCCUGCCGUUAUGGGGGCGCGCCCGGCGGGGUGAUGGUGAGAGAGCCCCUCAGCUCCCCGCUCCUUGCUGGGCCGCUGUUCUGCCCGGACCCCUCCCCCAGCCCCUUGCCCGCCGCCUGCGGCUGGGUGGCGCUGGGACCCCGGUGUGCCCUCCGAGUCGAGGGGUCCUCCGGCUGUGACUGUUCACCUGGAAGUCCUGGUGGAACGGGGCCGCGGCUUACUUCCCCUCUGCCGCCGGGUGCCCCUCCGCCGCCCCAGACCCCCUGCAUCGCACCGCAUGGCGCUUAUCCUUGCCCUGCCUGGAUGCAGGGCGAGGAGAGCUAGGGGUCCCGAGACUUGGGGUCCCUCGGAUACCAAGUUUCUUCUCCAAACCUAGAGGUCGCCUUCUCCCAGCCCCAUCUCACCCCCCACCCCUGCCCCAGGGCACUAGCCUCGGCUUCUUCGCUAAGCCACCUGGCCACCUCGGGCAGCGCGCCCCAAGGUGCGAGAUUCUACGCUUCGGCGCCUGGUCAGCCGACCUGGGACAAGUCUUGGGUUGGGGGUGGUGGCGUGUCGCUUUCCCCGGAGAGAAGACGUUGCUAGGGGUGGGUCCAGGUGUCCGGCAUGUCCAGACCUGCUGCUGGGGCUCUGCGCACCUGAUCCUCGAGGCGGCCUGGGUUGGGGGUUGGAAGUGGUCACACAUCUUCGACCAGAGUCACCUGGGCACCAAGUCGGCAUCAGGCCGUCCCCGGCGCUCGGACUUCGCAGGCGUUCGCAGAGGACGUGCCCCCAGGCGCGCGGAUGGCGGGAGAGGAGGCGGCCGAACUCCGCGCCCUUGCGCGGCGGAGCACACACGCUCGCUCUUCGGAGCUCAGCUUUACCUGUUCAGCCCUCCAACUUUUCUCCUUCGCGCCCUGGGGGACAGCCUCUCCCCCACUUUGCCCAGGCGGCUGCGAUGGCCCAGUUGCAACUCUUGACCCCUAGGCGAUGGGGGAAGGGCAAUCCAGUCCAGGGUUGGCGCUCCCGGAGGGGUCUCUAGUCCUUCAUUGCCCGCGCCCCAGGGGUCUGGAGUCUGCAACCUGCGGGAACUGAGUGCAAUAUCUUGUGGCUUUGGGGGAGAAAGGUGACCCUUAUCUUAUUUGUAAAUACCGCCGGGUCAAAGCCAGAUUGAAGGCCGAGAUGGUGCUGAGGUUUGCCUGGAGACCGGGGUGCGGGGCGAGGGGCGGCCUCUGAACCGUGGACAAAGUAGUUCAGUUUCUCUGACCCAGUGGGGUCCACGGGGUGACACACCAAGGCUGGUCUAGAUUGAUUAACCCCUUGCCCCCUGCACAGCACCCUCUCACAUCACCUCAAUGGAGCCAGAAGCCCGCCUGUAGUUCAACCGCGUCCCCGCCUCUCCCCCUCCACCCCCCAGUCUCCCUCUCCCCAGGCUCUUCCUGCCUCCCUCCGCCCCCGCAGGCUGGCUCGGCUCGCAGCUUUAAUUACAUUAAUAUUAAAAAUACAUAAGGUGAAGAGCAGCAGCUUUCUCUCUCUAGGUCUCUCUCCAUCCGCCACCCCUUGCGUUUUGUCAGACGAGAAAGCAUAGGCCGGAGCCGCUACCACACUGUUGCCCAGCUCGGUCCACACACGCCCCCAGGCCCCCGCCGCUCCUGGAGACCUCUUCCCGCGUAGCCCAUCCCCGAAGUCCAGGCCCCUUAGCGAAUACCUGACGGGCUCUCCCCUCCCCCCUUCAGAAGGCGGGCAUUAAUAAAUGAAGCCCAAGCUAUUUGAUAGGGAACGGGCAGAUGGGGGUGGCGGUGGAGAAAGGCCCAGGAGGCGGCAGGACAGCCCGAGGGGCAAAAUCUUUUCCCAGCGGAGAAGGAAGUCGCUCUGGCCUUGGGCCUGUGGGAGGCUGGAGGUGCCAGCCCGCCCUGAAGAUGUCGGCACCAGCCUCUACUUUGUAAAUGACUCCUUGCAGCAGGUGACCUUCUCCAGCUCCGUGGGGGUGGUGGUGCCCUGCCCGGCCGCGGGCUCCCCCAGCGCGGCCCUUCGAUGGUACCUGGCCACCGGGGACGACAUCUAUGACGUGCCGCACAUCCGGCACGUCCACGCCAACGGGACGCUGCAGCUCUACCCCUUCUCCCCCUCCGCCUUCAAUAGCUUUAUCCACGACAAUGACUACUUCUGCACCGCGGAGAACGCUGCCGGCAAGAUCCGGAGCCCCAACAUCCGCGUCAAAGCAGUUUUCAGGGAACCCUACACCGUCCGGGUGGAGGAUCAAAGGUCGAUGCGUGGUAGCGUGGCCGUCUUCAAGUGCCUCAUCCCCUCUUCAGUGCAGGAAUACGUUAGCGUUGUGUCCUGGGAGAAAGACACAGUCGCCAUCAUCCCAGAGAACAGGUUUCUUAUCACUUCCCACGGCGGGCUGUACAUCUCUGACGUGCAGAAGGAGGACGCCCUCUCCACCUACCGCUGCAUCACCAAGCACAAGUAUAGCGGGGAGACCCGGCAGAGCAACGGGGCCCGCCUCUCUGUGACAGACCCUGCUGAGUCGAUCCCCACCAUCCUGGACGGCUUCCAUUCCCAGGAAGUGUGGGCCGGCCACACCAUGGAGCUGCCCUGCACCGCCUCCGGUUACCCCAUCCCUGCCAUCCGCUGGCUCAAGGAUGGCCGACCCCUCCCAGCCGACAGCCGCUGGACCAAGCGCAUCACGGGGCUGACCAUCAGUGACCUGCGGACUGAGGACAGCGGCACCUACAUUUGUGAGGUCACCAACACCUUCGGCUCGGCAGAGGUCACAGGCACCCUCACGGUCAUUGACCCCCUUCACGUGACCCUGACACCAAAGAACCUGAAGACUGGCAUCGGCAGCACGGUCAUCCUCUCCUGUGCCCUCCUGGGCUCCCCGGAGUUCACCAUCCGCUGGUACCGCAACACCGAGCUGGUGCUGCCCAGCGAGGCCAUUUCCAUCCGCGGGCUCAGCAACGAGACACUGCUCAUCACCUCGGCCCAGAAGAGCCACUCAGGGGCCUACCAGUGCUUCGCCACACGCAAGACCCAGACUGCCCAGGACUUCGCCAUCAUUGUGCUGGAAGAUGGCACUCCCCGCAUCGUCUCAUCCUUCAGCGAGAAGGUGGUCAACCCCGGGGAGCAGUUCUCACUGAUGUGUGCGGCCAAGGGCGCCCCACCCCCCACCAUCACCUGGGCCCUGGACGACGAGCCCAUCGUGCGGGACGGGAGCCACCGCACCAACCAGUACACCAUGUCCGAUGGCACCACCAUCAGCCACAUGAAUGUCACGGGGCCGCAGAUCCGUGACGGGGGCGUGUACCGGUGCACGGCACGGAACUCGGUGGGCAGUGCUGAAUAUCAGGCGCGAAUAAACGUAAGAGGCCCCCCCAGCAUCCGGGCGAUGAGGAACAUCACAGCCGUGGCUGGGCGGGACACCCUUGUCAACUGCAGGGUCAUCGGCUACCCCUACUACUCCAUCAAGUGGUAUAAAGACGCCCUCCUGCUGCCCGACAACCACCGGCAGGUGGUGUUCGAGAACGGGACCCUCAAGCUGACGGAUGUGCAGAAGGGCAUGGACGAGGGAGAGUACCUGUGCAGUGUCCUCAUCCAGCCGCAGCUCUCCAUCAGCCAGAGCGUCCACGUGGCCGUCAAAGUGCCCCCUCUCAUCCAGCCCUUUGAGUUCCCGCCUGCCUCCAUCGGCCAGCUGCUCUACAUCCCCUGUGUGGUGUCCUCGGGGGACAUGCCCAUCCGCAUCACAUGGAGGAAAGACGGGCAGGUGAUCAUCUCGGGCUCGGGCGUGACCAUCGAGAGCAAGGAGUUCAUGAGCUCCCUGCAGAUCUCCAGCGUCUCCCUCAAGCACAAUGGCAACUAUACGUGCAUAGCCAGCAACGCAGCAGCCACCGUGAGCAGGGAGCGCCAGCUCAUUGUGCGUGUGCCCCCUCGAUUCGUGGUGCAGCCCAACAACCAGGAUGGCAUCUAUGGCAAGGCUGGUGUGCUCAACUGCUCGGUGGAUGGCUACCCCCCACCCAAGGUCAUGUGGAAGCAUGCCAAAGGGAGUGGGAACCCCCAGCAAUACCACCCAGUGCCCCUCACCGGCCGCAUCCAGAUCCUGCCCAACAGCUCACUGCUGAUCCGCCACGUCCUGGAAGAGGACAUCGGCUACUACCUCUGCCAGGCCAGCAACGGUGUGGGCACCGACAUCAGCAAGUCCAUGUUCCUCACCGUGAAGAUCCCAGCCAUGAUCACCUCCCACCCCAACACCACCAUCGCCAUCAAGGGCCACGCCAAGGAGCUCAACUGCACAGCACGAGGCGAGCGGCCCAUCAUUAUACGCUGGGAGAAAGGGGACACGGUCAUCGACCCCGACCGCGUCAUGCGGUAUACCAUCGCCACCAAGGACAACGGCGAUGAGGUUGUCUCCACGCUGAAGCUCAAGCCUGCUGACCGUGGGGACUCUGUGUUCUUCAGCUGCCAUGCCAUCAACUCAUAUGGGGAGGACCGGGGCCUCAUCCAGCUCACGGUACAAGAGCCCCCUGAUCCCCCAGAGCUGGAAAUCCGAGAGGUGAAGGCCCGGAGCAUGAACCUGCGCUGGACCCAGAGAUUCGACGGGAACAGCAUCAUCACGGGCUUUGACAUUGAGUACAAGAACAAAACAGAUUCCUGGGACUUCAAGCAGUCCACACGCAACAUCUCCCCGACCAUCAACCAGGCCAACAUCGUGGACUUGCACCCGGCCUCCGUGUACAGCAUCCGCAUGUACUCCUUCAACAAGAUUGGCCGCAGCGAGCCGAGCAAGGAGCUCACCAUCAGCACUGAGGAGGCUGCUCCUGAUGGGCCUCCCAUGGACGUAACCUUGCAGCCAGUGACCUCACAGAGCAUCCAAGUGACCUGGAAGGCGCCCAAGAAGGAGCUGCAGAACGGUGUCAUCCGUGGCUACCAGAUCGGCUACAGAGAGAACAGCCCGGGCAGCAAUGGGCAGUACAGCAUCGUGGAGAUGAAGGCCACUGGGGACAGCGAGGUCUACACCCUGGACAACCUCAAGAAGUUCGCCCAAUAUGGCGUGGUGGUCCAAGCCUUCAAUCGGGCUGGCACGGGGCCCUCAUCCAGUGAGAUCAAUGCCACCACCCUGGAGGAUGUGCCCAGCCAGCCCCCCGAGAACGUCCGGGCCCUGUCCAUCACUUCCGACGUGGCUGUCAUCUCCUGGUCGGAGCCCCCGCGCAGCACCCUCAACGGCGUCCUCAAAGGCUAUCGGGUCAUCUUCUGGUCCCUCUACGUUGACGGGGAGUGGGGCGAGAUGCAGAACAUCACCACGACGCGGGAGCGGGUGGAGCUGCGAGGCAUGGAGAAGUUCACCAACUACAGCGUGCAGGUGCUGGCCUACACCCAGGCCGGGGAUGGCGUGCGCAGCAGCGUGCUCUACAUCCAGACCAAGGAGGACGUUCCAGGUCCCCCCGCUGGCAUCAAAGCUGUUCCUUCAUCCGCCAGCAGUGUGGUCGUGUCAUGGCUCCCCCCAACCAAGCCCAACGGGGUGAUCCGCAAGUACACCAUCUUCUGCUCCAGCCCCGGGUCUGGCCAGCCGGCACCCAGCGAAUAUGAGACAAGUCCGGAGCAACUCUUCUACAGGAUCGCCCACCUAAACCGCGGGCAGCAGUACCUGCUGUGGGUGGCCGCCGUCACUUCCGCCGGCCGGGGCAACAGCAGCGAGAAGGUGACCAUCGAGCCUGCUGGCAAGGCCCCAGCAAAGAUCAUUUCUUUCGGGGGCACCGUGACAACACCCUGGAUGAGAGAUGUGCGGCUGCCUUGCAAUUCAGUGGGAGACCCGGCCCCUGCGGUGAAGUGGACCAAGGACAGUGAGGACUCAGCCAUCCCCGUGUCCAUGGACGGGCACCGGCUCAUCCACACCAAUGGCACGUUGCUGCUGCGCGCGGUGAAGGCUGAGGACUCAGGCUACUACACCUGCACGGCCACCAACACUGGCGGCUUCGACACCAUCAUUGUCAACCUUCUGGUGCAAGUUCCCCCGGACCAGCCCCGUCUCACUGUCUCCAAAACCUCGGCUUCGUCCAUCACUCUGACCUGGAUUCCGGGUGACAAUGGGGGCAGCUCCAUCCGAGGCUUCGUUCUGCAGUACUCGGUGGACAACAGUGAGGAGUGGAAGGAUGUGUUCGUCAGCUCGAGCGAACGGUCCUUCAGGCUGGACAGCCUCAAGUGCGGCACGUGGUACAAGGUGAAGCUGGCGGCCAAGAACAGCGUGGGCUCCGGGCGCAUCAGUGAGAUCAUAGAGGCCAAGACCCACGGGCGGGAGCCCUCCUUCAGCAAAGACCAGCACCUCUUCACCCACAUCAACUCCACGCAUGCCCGGCUUAACCUGCAGGGCUGGAACAACGGGGGCUGCCCCAUCACCGCCAUCAUGCUGGAGUACCGGCCCAAGGGCACCUGGGCCUGGCAGGGCCUGCGCGCCAACAGCUCCGGGGAGGUGUUUCUGACCGAGCUGCGGGAGGCCACGUGGUACGAGCUGCGCAUGAGGGCUUGCAACAGCGCUGGCUGCGGCAACGAGACCGCCCAGUUUGCCACCCUGGACUACGAUGGCAGCACCAUCCCGCCCAUCAAGUCUGCACAAGGCGAGGGGGACGACGUGAAGAAGCUGUUCACCAUCGGCUGCCCGGUCAUCCUGGCCACACUGGGGGUGGCGCUGCUCUUCAUUGUUCGCAAGAAGAGGAAAGAGAAGCGGCUGAAGCGGCUCCGAGAUGCAAAGAGUUUGGCAGAAAUGUUGAUAAGCAAGAACAACCGAAGCUUUGACACCCCUGUGAAGGGGCCACCCCAGGGCCCACGGCUACACAUUGACAUCCCCAGGGUCCAGCUGCUCAUCGAGGACAAGGAGGGCAUCAAGCAGCUGGGAGAUGACAAGGCCACCAUCCCUGUGACCGAUGCUGAGUUCAGCCAGGCUGUCAAUCCUCAGAGUUUCUGCACCGGAGUCUCCUUGCACCACCCAGCCCUCAUCCAGAGCUCAGGACCCCUGAUCGACAUGUCUGACAUCCGGCCUGGCACUAAUCCAGUCUCCAGAAAGAAUGUGAAGUCAGCCCACAGCACCCGGAACCGGUACUCAAGCCAGUGGACUCUGACCAAGUGUCAGGCCUCCACCCCCGCCCGUACCCUCGCCUCCGACUGGCGCACGGUGGGCUCCCAGCAUGGUGCCACUGUCACCGAGAGCGACAGCUACAGUGCCAGCCUCUCCCAGGACACAGACAAAGGACGGAACAGCAUGGUGUCCACUGAGAGCGCCUCUUCCACCUACGAGGAGCUGGCCCGGGCCUACGAGCACGCCAAGCUGGAGGAGCAACUGCAGCACGCCAAGUUUGAGAUCACCGAAUGCUUCAUCUCCGACAGCUCCUCUGACCAGAUGACCACGGGCACCAACGAGAAUGCGGACAGCAUGACGUCCAUGAGCACACCCUCAGAGCCCGGCAUCUGCCGCUUCACCGCCUCCCCACCCAAGCCCCAGGACGCUGACCGGGGGAAGAACGUGGCUGUACCCAUCCCUCACCGGGCCAACAAGAGUGACUACUGUAACCUGCCCCUGUACGCCAAGUCGGAGGCCUUCUUCCGAAAGGCAGAGGGGCGUGAGCCCUGCCCCGUGGUCCCGCCCCGCGAGGCCUCCAUCAGGAACGUGACUCGAACCUACCACCCCCAGGCUCGCCACCUGACCCUGGACCCUGCCAGCAAGCCCCUGGGCCUUCCGCACCCCGGGGCCCCCACGGCCGCCUCCACCGCCACCUUACCUCAGAGGACUCUGGCCAUGCCGGCACCCCCCGCCGGCCCGGCCCCCGCAGCCCCCGGUCCCACCCCCGCCGAGCCCCCGGCGGCCCCCAGCACCGCCCCUCCGGCCCCCAGCACCGAGCCUCCGCGGGCCGGGGGCCCACACACCAAAAUGGGGGGCUCCAGGGACUCACUUCUCGAGAUGAGCACGUCGGGGGUGGGGAGGUCUCAGAAGCAGGGGGCCGGAGCCUACUCCAAGUCCUACACCCUGGUGUAAGGGCGCAGCCGGAAGGGCGGCCACGAGCCUGGACCUGUCUGCACCUCCAGCCCUCACACACCAACUUGGCUGAUUUCCUGCAUUAUUUAUAUCAAACUGACAAAAACCCACCAACAAGGAAAAAACAACCCCCCGAGUCAUGAACGCCUGUACAUAGAACUCUUUUGUACAAAUGAAACUAUUUUCUUCUUCUCCAUGAAGCCAGGGCACAAAGAAUUUGACAGUACACGUCAAAUCCCCCCACCCCACAAAAUCUGCGUGGAGAGAUAUAUACCUAUAUAGAGGGAUAGGAGCACAGCGAUGAGCUAUAUAUCUAUAUAUUUCUCUCACCUUAUUUUGAGACAGAGGCACAAAGACUCAGCAAUUUUUCCCUCCUACUCACCCUCCCUCCGAUCUAGGUGGUUUUGACAAAGACCAAGAUCCCAACUCAGAGACACUGCAUGCGAUUUUACUGUUCCAAAAAAAAAAAACCAGAGGUUGCUUCAAUUUGCAGAUGCUUAUGUGUUAAUACCUUUUUCUAUGAAAAAAGACCCAGCGCCGUGUGCAAUAAAGGUUAUGUUUCUA